UGCAGCUAGUUGCACAGUAGAGUAGCAGCAGUGGUAGAGGUAGAGCACACGCUAGCGUUUUGUGCACCCUGCUGUGUGUUCUCUGUGGGUACGGUCUGCUAACAGCUAAACAGCUAUUUCUGAUUGGGGUGAGGAAGGUGGGAACUUUUCAGCCUGUGAAGAGCUUUUUGAAAAGAAAUCGGCAAUGCUCCACCAGUGCGCUGUAGAUGGCUGUCCCAACAAAUCGGACACAAUUAUCCACUACAUUUUACCAGAGGAGCCGAUAAGACGUCAGCAAUGGGUAGAUUUUUUGAGAAGACAGAGAAGUGCCGACAUUUCUCGGUGUACUCGUAUUUGCAGUAGCCAUUUUUCAGAAGACAGCUUUACCAAACUCGAUUUAGGAUUCACAAAACGGUUGAUCUUGAAUGUGAAUGCUGUUCCUAGCAUUUACACAGAUGUGAAAGCGGUUCUGGAAAGAAGCCAUGCAAAUGAGACUCCCCUAUCAGAAAGUCCCAGUGAGUCAGAGAGUGGCAUCACUGUAUGCAGUACAGUUUCCUUGGCCUGCAUCAAGAAGGAGCCAGGACAAGAUGAGCAGAGCUGCGAUGCCAUGUCAUCCAUCAAAGAGGAACCAAUGGAGGACGACGGAUAUGGAGACUCAUCAUCCAACCAUCUGACUGAAGACGAAAUGCAGAGCUUUGAUGGUAACAUCUUGAAAGUCGAGGCCACUGGUAACAUAGACAUUGAUGACGGCAAACCCUUUCACUGCUUACACUGUGGGGAAGGUUUUCAAAACAAGGCUGUGCUCCAACAACACGAGAUGAGACACAAAACCCUGGUGGCGCCAGCCUCGACCACACCGGCCGCAGAAAAGACCUACGAAUGCCAACACUGUGGCAAAGUGUUCAGCCAUAAAGGGUUUUUAAAAGCCCACGAAAAAAUACACGCCAGCAUGGCCACAGAAAUGGCCUUCGCCUGCAAAGAAUGCAACAGAAGAUUUCUUAACAAUUCCAGCUUGAAAAAACACAUGCGCAAUCAUCUAAAACACCUGAAAUACCCAUGCCCAGUGUGCGGGGAAGAGUUUGAAAUGAAGGGUAGUCUUCAUGUUCACAUCAAGCAGCACCCAGGGGAAAAGUUGCGCUGCAAAUACUGCAAUUCGGGGUUCUGGAAAAUGGACGCGUACCUGAAGCACUUGGAUUGCCACACGGUGAUAACCCCCUACUACUGUCCAAAAUGUAAGCUCUACCAGCGGACCGAAAGGGGAUUCCAGCUGCAUCAGACACGUUGUCCCAUGAGAGACCCAGAGGUGACCAUGAUUGUGAAGGAUGAGGAUGAGGAGGAGGUGGUAGCUAAGGAUGGGGAGCAGGAGGAGGUCAUUAAGGACGCUGAAAAGGAGAAGAUUGUUUAAAUAGGGAGACAAAAAAUCCUCUUAGUCAGUGCUUUACACAACAGAGUAUCACAGGGAGAGCUGGGGGGGGGUGUCACAUGAUGACAAUGAUGAUAAACUGGCACACAGAUCUCGCUGGCAUUCUUGGUGGGGGCUAACUCAAAUUUUGUUGUGCAAAAUUGAUCAAUGGGUAUGGUGUUUUGGUUAGAUGUAUCAAAUGAUUGUGUUUAAACCUCUGACCUUGUUUUUGAAUAUCACUCUUAUAUUGAUUGAUUUUGUUUUACUUCAUUUUCUUAUUUAUUUUACUUUUAUGUUGUCAUCACAUGCACAGCAAUAGUCACUAGGAUAUUAUUUCCUUGUAGUAAGUCAGUUCAUGUUUGAGGUGUUGUAUUUGAUCCCAUUUCUUUUGUUAUGAGAAACAAAUAGGCUUAAAGUAGUAAGAUGGGGGUGUAAUAACUGAUUAUUGAUCAUUGAAUGUGUAGUGUAAAUGCACCGUUUGCCUACUGUAGCUUCUUAAAACUGCUGUGAUUAAAUUAUAAAUCAUGUACCUACAGAUGAUGUGAAGACAUUCUUUUUUUUUUUUUUUUUUUAACUGUCAAGUGAUGUCUAUUUAAGAGAGAAGUCCCUUUCCAAGUUAGUCCAACAGUGCAAGACACUGUUCACCAUCAAUUGUAAUUAUGUCUGUUAUGCUGAGGGAUAGAUUUUAAUUUGUAUGUAGAUUUUGAAAUAAAAAAAUUAAGUUACUGUCUUCUGUAAUGAAAUGCAAUGUAUCCACAAUUAAAUGUUUAAAAAACG